AUGUCUUCCUCGCCUGGCUACACAGGAACCGGGCGUGACGUCACCGUCACUUUGACUGCCUGUCACCCUGGACCAACCUUCGUCGAACCCAACCGCAAGUUCACUCUAACCGAGCAGAACCCAGUCGUGCGCGUCGGCCGCGCAUCCAAGGUAGCAACCAAGGGAUUCAUUGCUGCAGGGGAUAACGCCUGGUUUGAGAGUCCAACACUCCACAUCAAGGACACUGGCUCCCUCCACGGCACGUUCCGCCGCGCUAGAUACGAUGACAGGGAGGACCGACUCCCUGUGCGGGACCAGGUCCAGCUCAGAGACGGUGACAAUCUUCGGUUCGGUAUAGAUAUCUACCGGUCACAUGAGACUUUUCCCCCGUGUGUGCUCGCCUUGAGCAUGAGCUGGAAUGAGCCAACGCCGACUUCUACCCAUGUUGGGCCAAGUCGAGCUGCAUCCACCAAUCGGUUUGUGGUUCCGGAUGAUGACGAGGACGAGGACGAGGACGAGAGCGAGGAUCUCUUGAUCACAAAUGACCCCUUUUCGGAGUUGAACCAGUCACGGCCAGCCCAGAUGGAUCGUGAAGAAGCUCGCCCGGCCAUUGACCUCACGCGAGAGACUCCUCCACCUCCCGCUUCACGCCUCUCUGUCCACUUGGCAUCGAGCGUGACCGUUGGUAGACUCAAUGCGAAUGCCAACGUCAUCGAUCUUACCUCUGAGGCGCCAUACGACAGCUCGGAUGCCGAGAGUAUGAACUACGACAUACGAGGAUACAGUCCUUCUGAAGACGGAAGCGAGUCAGACCUUGGAACCAGCGAUGACUAUCCCUCCUCCCCGGCUCAAUCGGACCGCCCUGGUACCUACUCUCUUGCUUACGAUAGUGACGGACUUCAGGAUAUUGAGGACGAGAUAGAUGUCGAUAUUGAGCUUCAAGGCAACUGUGAGCCCACUCCCCAGCUGGGAUCUCACGGUUUCGACAGUGGCGUUGAGCGCGAGACUUCCGUUCCAAGUGACUACUCCGACGCAAGUCUCUCAGAGUAUGGAGAUAAUGAAGCUGCACAGACCGAAGUUGCUGACAUGGACGAUUUUGACGAACCAGAGGAAGACGACAUGAACAAUGUUCCCUAUUUCGAGGAGGAUUUGACCUCACUGAGUGAUGAAGAAGACCUUGAUGCUACCAUCUUCGAGAAGGAUACAUCGCCUAUUGUCGACUUGCCUGCAUCAUCCCCUCCUGUCGACACAGCAAGCAGAGUUACCCCAUCUUUGUUCUCAUCGCCGAAGGCCAAUGCGGCUUCCUCGUCUGGCUUGGUCGAGGAGGAUAACUCGUUCCUUCCCUUUCCACCAAAGCUCCCGGAUAUGUAUUCUGUCGCCUCGGUCUUACCCGCCGCCUAUGGGGUCAGACUUCCCAGCCCCUCAGACGCUGCUAUGGCCAAGAGCCGCCCUAUUGCACCCAAGGCGACAACUUCUACUUCAGCUGCUCAAGCCAUGGGUGAGAGGACUGGGAAGUACGAAUUCUUUGCGGCUAGGGACCAGAACCGCGCAACAGUUUUGAACAACCCAUUGAUUCGACAACCCGCCGCCUCAGCUGGUGGUGUCGACAGCCUGUACAAGGACGGCAGAUCUCACAAUACUCAAAAAGCACCUAUUCCUGAGAAGUCGAAUACUCAUCCGGGCCUUCUGUGGCCAGAGCACAGCUCUAGAAUGGAAGACGGUGUUGAAAAGGGCUCCACCUCUGUCCAUGACACCAGAUCGCCUUUACUUGUGAAGUCGGCAUGGACCCAGCCUGGAGAAGCCUUCCUGCAAGAGCCUCAAAAUUUCAUUGUGUCGGCAGUUGAAGAUAGAACACGCCUGCAGAGUCCUGAGCUUGACAUGACAAGUGCUGCUACAUUUAUUGAAAGCAAGAAGAAUCCCGAUUUCAGACACUCUCCAAGCACCAGAGGUCUUCCAAUCCAAGCUUUACUGGCACAUGAGUCACAAGAACCCUCACCAGCACCCGACACAAUUGCACAGGCUCCUCCUAUCACGGAUGUGUCACCAUGUGCCAAGUUGGUUGAUGGUCGUCGUCCGAAGAGAUCCUUUGAUGAAGUUUUUGCUGGGGAGGAAGCUGAAUGCCGAGAGCCCGGCAGUAGCUUGCAAGCUCCCCUUGGUCGCAAGGACUCUCCAUCCAAAGCCACUACCAGUGAUUUGGCCGAUACAAACAACCGCUCCGAUCAUGAUCACGAGCCUGAAAGCCAGACAGAUACGUCAGCAGACAUGACACUUCGAACAGGAAAUUCGGCCACUGAUGCCACCUUUACCACCCUCAAGCUCAAUGAUAGGCCAGUGAAGCGUCGUCGUUUUGCCCAAGUGGCUGCCUGCGCGCUGGGAACAGUGAUGGGUGGAGCUGCUGUCUUGGCCGGCAUGAUUGCCACUGCGCCAAACCUAUCCUGA